AUGUCAAUUCCAGCAAAUGAAAUUGAAGCUCACGAGAAGCGCCUUCAAGAAGUACUUAAAUUAUAUAAUGGCGAUCAGUGGAAGCUCUCAAAAGACGAUAAAGGCGUAAAAUACUACACUGCAAAUUAUGAAAACAAUUCAUUCAGCAUGGUAAAGUCAGUUGUUACAAUCCAAGCUCCAUAUGAGAAGGUUCGCGGCUUACUCAUGAAAGCAGAAAUUGUUGACAAGGAACAUCCAGCACCAAAAGGCGAUGAUACAAAAGCAAUGUAUGUCUUCGAUCAUGUUGAUGAUGGACAUGAUAGCGAAUACAUGUACUGCUCAUAUUCAUCAGGAACAAGUCUUGUUGCUGAUAGAGAAUUCUUAGCUCUGAGAAGACACUACGAAGUUGAAGGAAAAGAUGUCUGGCUUCACUGCACACCAUUAAACGAGAAGAUGAAAGAUGUUGUUCCUCCAAACGUUCGUGGAUACAUGACUUUUCAAGCAGAUAUCCUUGAACACGACGAAUCCGACAAAAAUGCAUGCAAAUUUACAUUCCUUGUCCAUUGUGAUCCACUUGGAAAGAUACCAGCCUUCGUUUACAAUGCUGUUGCCAUUUCUCAAGGUGAUGCAGCAAAGAAGCUCAGAGAAAGAGCACUUAAAUAA